UUCUCUCCUUCCUUCACCUGUCGGGUCUGUUGCUCUUGGGGUUUAGAGCUUGUAUUUUUUUAUUUCUUUUUUUUGGGCUUUCGCCAUCCGUCAUCGUCGUCGUCGUCGUUUGUUACUGUCAUUGUUAUUCGGCUGUGUUGGGCCGGUUAACGGAAUAGUUGGGGGCUUGUUUUUUGAUAGUGCAUGCUUUUUCCUCUUUUCAAGAAAGCUACCAAGGUUUCUUCUUCCGACGCUACCACUGCCACUGCUACUACCAGCGCCAAAGGUCCUAUCAACAGAGUCUCGCACUCCUUGUUUUCGCUUGCACGCCAACAGUCCUUUGCAAGCGUCAACGAGUCCCAGUGCUUCCAAGAGGUCUACGUCAAGGAAGCGGCUCGCCUGGUCAACGAGAGCCGCGACUAUUUCGCCAACGAAGAGGGCGAAGAAGACUCUAUCCCCGCCCUUGUCCCCGUCCAUCAAAGGGGGACCAACGGUACCGGACGCAAGCGUCACGGACCAAAGGACGCUCGCCGCGCAGCCCACAAGAGCGCCGAGCGCGUCAAGGCCAGGUUUCACCGCCUGGUCUUAGCCCUUGCGACACCUAUUACGUCGCUGGCCGCCCCACCCGCCGAACCCACCAUGCCUGCCCCCAACGCACAAGGCGCACCCGGCUCCAACGCCGCAGCUCCAAAUGCGUCCCCCCAGGCCACCCAAGCCCGCCACGAUAGCGCCAACCGCCAUCGCCACCACCAUUCCCAGGGUAGCGCCAAGAUCGGCUACUCUACGGGGCCAACUAUCGUUGGCGGGCACUUUAAGGUUGGGAAGAAGAUUGGAGAAGGAUCCUUUGGGAUCAUUUACGAAGGUGUGAACCUCAAGACCAACACACCUGUCGCGAUAAAGUUCGAGCCCCGGAAGGCCGAAACCCCACAGCUGCGCGACGAGUACCGCACCUACAAGAUCCUGUCGGGGUGCGCGGGGAUCCCGUCGUGCUACUACUUUGGCCAGGAAGGGCUCCACAGUGUCCUGGUCAUUGACCUCCUCGGGCCAAGUUUGGAGGACGUGUUCGAUUUAUGCGGCCGCAAGUUCAGUGUCAAGACGGUCUGCAUGUUGGCGAAGCGGAUGAUCAGGUUGGUGCAGGUAGUCCAUGAGCACAACCUGGUGUACCGCGACAUCAAGCCGGACAACUUCCUCAUCGGGAGGAUCCCCCGAUACAACGAGAAGGUCACGACGGAUCCGGAGAGUGCGGAUCCAUACAGCAUCGUAGAGAACCACUCGUUGGAGAGCCCGUCGCCGGCGUCGCAAAUAUACCUCGUCGACUUUGGUAUGGUCAAGCAGUACCGGGAUCCGAGGACUGGUGUCCACAUUCCCUUCCGCGAGAAGAAGAGUCUCUCGGGUACGGCGAGGUAUAUGUCCAUCCACACCCACCUUGGCAGAGAGCAAGGGCGGCGCGACGACAUGGAGGCUCUCGGCCAUGUGUUCUUCUACCUGUUGAACGGGCACCUCCCAUGGCAAGGACUCAAGGCCACGUCAAACAGACAAAAGUAUGAACGAAUCGGGGAGGUCAAACAAGCCGUCAGGAUUGACGAUCUUGGGCGACCCAACCCCGAGGAGUUCUGCUUUUACCUCGAGUACGCCAGAUCAAUGGCGUUUGACGAAGAGCCCAACUAUGACGGGGCCUGCGAGAUGAUUGACCAGGUGAUGAAGAAGAACAACCUGGUCGAUGACGGGGUGUUCGACUGGAUGGAGGUGCUGGACGAGCAGCGGGAGGCCAAGAGAGAGCGGGAGGAACGCCGGCUCCGGAUGACAGAAGAGGAGCGGCGCGACGAUGAUCGCCGGGAGAGGGAGGAGAGGUUGGAGAGGGAGAGGGAGGAGCGGUACGAGCAGGAGCGGCGAAGGCUCGAGUACGAGAGGGAGGUGUUGUGGCGGAGUCCCAAGCUGCGGGAGCAGAUGGGAUCGUACUUUUCGUCAUCGCCAGCGGGGUCGACGGGAGUACCACCAGCAAAACCCCACAACAGCCUCCAGCCAAUCCAGGGGGGUUCCCAGGUCCAAAAGUCUGGGUCCGCGCUCCAUGCUCGAGGCGGCCUGCGGGAGCAAGGCCAAGGGGCGAGUCGGGGAGAGGGGUCAGGGACGGGGCAGCGGGCGUCGGCAGCGGAGGUGCCUGAGACCGGGGCGGCGGUGAAGGCAGAGGCGGCACCGCAGGCGGUGGCAGCACCUGCGGGGGGCACGCAGACUCAAGGGGGAGGGGAAGCGCAGGGGCGGCAGGCGGUGGAUGGGCGAAAGUCGCGGCGGCGGUGGUGGCACAAGAUGUUUGUGUGGUGUGGGAUUGGGGGGAGCAAGUAAAGGGGCCGUGCGGCGACGGGGGUUGAGGGCGUUGGCGGUUGGGGGCGACUUGCGGUGGAGGGUCCUUGAGCGGUGUGGAUUAGACGGCGACGGGGGAGACCGAGCAGCGAACGGAAUGAAAGAACGAAAAGAAAAAAAGAAAAGCGUGUAAUAAAGACGGGGCAAGAACUGUUCAUUUUUUUCUUUUUGGGAAAGCCUUACUCGACAACGGGGGUUGAGUUGAGGUUCCUCAAAAAAGAGAAAACCUUGUAAUAUUCCGCACCGACGGAAAAAGUCAAACUUGGGGGGGCGACUUGAGAAAAAAGGAAUUAGUAGGGAAAGUUAAUGGUGUUCCCUGAAUAUAUCAAUUAUUAUUUUUUUUUUCCUUUCUUAAUGAUAUGGACCUCG